CUCAGCUAUCCCGUCAGUUUGGACUGGACACCGUGUGGGUCAGAGAGCUGGAGCACCCUGAGCACAAUGGAGAGACCAGCAAGCAGACAGAGCAGGAAAAAAGUUGUAGCAGUGGUGGGAGGUGGUUUGGUUGGGGCACUGAAUGCCUGCUUCUUUGCAAAAAGAGGCUUUGAUGUGGAACUCUUUGAAAGUCGGGAAGAUAUCCGACGUGCUAAGAUUGUGAAGGGGAGAAGCAUCAACCUGGCCUUGUCUCAUCGAGGCCGUCAAGCACUGAAACAUGUUGGACUGGAGGAGAAGAUUGUUGCCCAAGGAAUCCCGAUGCACGCAAGAAUGAUCCAUUCGCUGAAUGGGAAACAGUCCCCAAUCCCUUAUGGCAGGAAAGGCCAGUACAUCCUGUCGGUAGACCGAGCCAAUUUGAACAAAGAGCUGCUAACAGCGGCAGAGACAUAUCCAAACACAAAGAUGAACUUCGACCACAAACUGCAGGACUGUAAUGCUGAAACGGGCCUGAUGACCUUUGUCAGGUUGGAUGGGUCCAAGGAGCAGGUCAAGGCACACUUGAUUGUGGGGUGUGAUGGGGCUUUCUCUGCCAUACGCAAGCAGUUCCUUCGACGUAGCCGCUUCGACUAUAGCCAGACCUACAUCCCUCAUGGCUACAUGGAGCUCACCAUGCUACCCAUUAAUGGAGAGUUUGCUAUGAAGCCUAAUUAUCUACACAUCUGGCCACGAAACACAUUUAUGAUGAUCGCCCUGCCCAACUUGGACAAGACAUUCACCUGUACCCUUUUCAUGCCUUUUGAAGAUUUUGAGAAGAUCACCACAGGAGAUGAAGUCAUCGAGUUUUUCCAGAAAUACUUCCCUGACACCAUACCACUAAUAGGAGCGGAUACUCUCCGGAGAGAUUAUUUCCGAUUGCCUGCGCAGGCCAUGGUGUCUGUCAAAUGCAACCCAUAUCACAUUGGUGACACGUGCGUCCUUAUGGGUGAUGCAGCCCAUGCAGUAGUGCCUUUCUAUGGACAAGGAAUGAAUGCUGGCUUUGAGGACUGCAUUGUCUUUGACGAGAUAAUGGAUCAAUUCAAUGAGGAUUUCAGUGCUGUUCUGCCUGAGUAUACCAGAGUUCGGGUUCCAGACGACCACGCAAUUGCUGACUUGGCCAUGUACAACUACAUUGAAAUGCGAGCACACGUCAACUCCAAAUGGUUCCUUUUCAGAAAAUAUGUUGACAACAUCCUCUACUUCUUCAUGCCAAAGACAAUAAUUCCACUUUACACAAUGGUCACUUUCACUAGGACCAGAUACCACGAAGCAGUCAAGCGGUGGCACUGGCAAAACAAAGUGAUAAACCGUGGCCUGCUGCUCAGUGCUGUGGCAGCUCUUCUUGGUGGUUCCUACCUGCUCAUUAAAAAUCCUCCAGAUAUCAACAAGCUCAUCGUCUCUGCUGAGAAAAUGUGGGACAGGCUUGUGGCUCUCAGGACGCUCUGAGCACAGGCAUCGUCACUGAUCUGACAGACAGGUGUACAGACAUAGAGUUAAACACUAGAAAAGAAUUUAGAGGCGCCCAAAUAUUGAUUAGAUUUUGACUAAUCUUGAUUUGAAUUGAAUUAUCUAAUUCACAGCUAUAACUCCAGUAAUGGCAAAUUACUCCAAUAAUGGCUGCCCUCACUUCAAGGACUUACAGUGAUUGAUCAGAAUGACACCGUUUCAUUAGUGUUAAACCGAUAAUGAUCAGCAGCGGUGAGCAGAACACUGCUGUUUUAAUUAUUAAGCAAGUUUAAUUCAAGAACACAGGGUCAGUUUUAGGUGUGUGUAGAAGUCUUUACUGUUUUUACACAAGAAUGAUGUCAGCUAUUUUUCUUUGUCUCCACUGGGCCCAGUGACAUUUACUUCAUGCAAAAUCUGGGAUUUGUUUUUGUUUUUAAAGCUGCAUUAGAUAAUCUGAGCUAUUUUACCUGAUGUUUUUGCAAUGUUUCACUUAUACAUACAUUACUGUGCAAACAUAUUGAGCCAACCCUAAUUUCUUUAUAUAGUUGCAGGGGAAUAAGUGCAGUGAUUUAUUGAAACAUGCUAAAACAUAAAUGCAAAUAUAGACGACAAAAUUGUAUACAACUCUAAUGAGCUCUUCUUUGGAUGUUUUGUUCUGUGGUCUGUCAAGAUCGCGUCACACUGCUUCAAGAAAGGUGAAAGGAUAUGACUAUCAAACGCUGUUCACUUGCAGUAUAGGUUUAGAUCUGCCAGCCCUCCACUUUUAAAAGACACUUCACACCACUCUGAGAUGUGAUAGGUAUUUUCUGCCUGUCAGACUGUGUUAUCUUUGAUUUUAUCUGUUUAUCUUUUUUGUAGAUUUAACUAAAGAAAUUUUUUACAACAGCCUGCUGGUAACAAAGAUACAAUUUUACACCUGUACUUCUGACCAACCGGCAAUGUAGUAUUUCCUCUCUUUGGGUUUGGAGUUUGGCUGGUUUGUCCACUUCAAAUGUGCUGCUAUGCUCACCAGGCUAUAAUCUAUAUAAAACAAGUGAAGAUGA